AUGGCCCCCCUCACAGCUCACAAAAUAACGAAAUUCGACACUACCAGAGUCGAUCAUUCCACACAACUAGAUACUGCAGAGAAACGAAGGCUGCAAAACCGCAUCAAUCAGCGGGCUAGUCGCGAAAGAAAAGCGCUCAAGUCCGGAAAAAUCGCAUUCAACCAACAAAAGCGAUGGAUCAUCUAUACAGAAGGGGCUGAAAGGUUCGCAGAACCUGGCCCUUGCAAAGACCAGCAGCCGGAGUCGCUGAAGGCUAUAACACCAUCCGGCGCAAGAUGUUACAAUGAUGAAAAAGACGCCCAUAAUUUCAACGUUGUCGAAACAUGGAAUUUUCGCUGUAAUCACCUGAUCACGCAACUCGAAAUGAGAAUCGCCUCUGCAAAAUCCGGCCUAGACUACACUCAGCUCCUUGCACCCGUCACAAAUCUCAAUAUUGUUAAAGCGCUGCUAAACAAUGCUUCGAUACUGGGACUCAGUUUCCAUGCGCUCGAAGAGGAUAUUGCUUCUCAUUUUAAUAUUUCUGGGCCGAUCGAAUCGGAUCUACAAUUACCAACCAGUCUGCAGCCAAGCUCUUGCCAAAGAGAAAUUAUCCACCAUCCCUGGAUCGACCUUAUGCCUGUGCGAUCUUUCCGAGAUGCGUUGUUGAGAAAUUUGGACAAAUACGAUGAGGAUGAGCUCUGCAGCGAUAUGCACGGUGGGAUCGGCGCGUCGGAUGCACUCGGUUUGAUUGUGUGGGGCGAAUCGUGGGAUCCAGCUGCAUAUGAGGUUUCUGAAGCUAUCUUCAAGAAGUGGACAUGGAUAUUUCGAGAAUGUCCGGAGGUUGUCACGACGACUAAUUAUUGGAGGAAGAGACGGGGGGAAAAACCGUUGCGAUUCCAACAACCUGGGGGAUUUAUAGAAAAGGACGAGCUAUGA